AUGAAAAGUGAAGUCUCCCAAGCAUGGGCAUAUCCAAUAGACAUUAUAGAGUAUUUUGGAAUGCUUCCAGACCACUCGAAAGCACAGCUAUAUGGGGCACCCAUAUUUGCAGUAUCUUUUCUUAAGAUUUUUGACGAGAAAACAACGAGGUUUAUAUUUGACCUGCUACUGAUGUCGCACUCCAUAAGCUCCUUGAGAGAUAUAGAGGGGAUUAAGGAAACCUUGAGAACGCUGCUGAAGAUCCAGAUGAUCGAAAAGAAAGGAGACAAUAUCUAUUUGGAUGCGAGUUUCAGAAGAUCGCUAAUGGAAGGGUUUUGCAUACUCAAGAUGGAGAAGCAUUACAAAAGCACUGGAAAGGGGUUAGAAAUUGACGAGAACGAAAGCAAUGGGAAGUUUGAGGCCAUUCUGAGGUCUAUUGUCAACAGGGAGUACAGGAUCCAAGCGUUUGGAAUCGGGGAGGUUCUUAUGUUUGGGGGUCUUCUUAGAAAAGACAGAAACAUAACGAAUAGAGGAUUUGAGUUUCUUCUGAAGACAAAAAAGGAGCAGCUAUGGUGCCUUGUGCUCUUAUCUUUGAAGUACUUCCUUAGGUCGGUUGAGGAGGAGAUUUAUGCGCUUGAGGCACUGUUUGAAUUGAGCACGAAGACUAUUGAAACUGCACACCACCAGGAUGGUCGGAUGGAUGGAAGACUACUGAAGUAUCUUGAGGCGCUAGGAAUUCUGAGGGUCUGUGGAGAAAGACUUGCCAUUGGAAGAUCCUUUGUACAGCUAUUUGAGGCAUCUGAGCGUAACAGAAGGGAGUUUAUAAUAGUUGAAACCAACAAUAAGAUAUAUGCAUACACAAACUCUGAAUAUGAGAAGUCUGUAAUCCACCUGUUUUGUAAUGUGUCUGUUAGCCUUCCUAAUCUUAUAAAGGGAAGUAUAACAGAAGAGAGUGUGAAUGUUGCGUUUGACAAAGGAAUAACUGGGAAGCAGAUAAUACAUUUCUUGGAAGCAAGUGUCAAACCAGGGAGCCUACCACCUGCAAUUACCAGUCAGAUAAUGAUAUGGGAAUCUAAAAGGAACAGGAUAUUUAUGGUGCCUGGGUAUAUUUACUCGAACUUCUUGAACCUGUCAGACUAUCAAAGAGUAUUAGAGUUUUGCACCGAAAGAAGUUAUUUGAUAGAGUCGGAUGUUGGCAAAAGGAUGAUAGUUGUAAAGUUAGAAGGGCAUGAGCUUGUUAGAGAAUUCAUAAAAACUAUCCUCUAG